CAUCCCCUGUCCCCGCAGCCAGCAGCAAUGAGAGUGACAUCAUCAACGCCGUAACGGUGGAGAAGAGCGUGGAUGGCAAGCUGGGCUUCAGCGUCCGUGGUGGCUCUGAGCAUGGGCUGGGCAUCUUCGUCAGUAAAGUGGAGGAGGGCAGCGCUGCCGAGCAGGCUGGGCUGUGUGUUGGUGACAAGAUCACGGAGGUGAACAGCGUGAGCCUGGAGAACAUCACCAUGAGCAGUGCCGUCAAGGUCCUCACCGGGAACAACCGCCUCCGCAUGGUGGUCCGGCGGAUGGGCCGCGUGCCGGGCAUCAAGUUCUCCAAGGAAAAGACAGCGUGGGUGGAUGUGGUGAACAGGCGCCUGGUGGUGGAGAAAAGUGGCUCGACACCAUCAGAGAGCGGCUCUGAGGAUGGGCUGCGGCGCAUCGUGCACCUCUACACCACCUCCGACGACUACUGCCUGGGCUUCAACAUCCGCGGCGGCAGGGAGUUCGGCCUCGGCAUCUACGUCUCCAAGGUGGACCCCGGGGGGCUGGCAGAGCAGAACGGCAUUCGGGUGGGAGACCACGUCCUUGCAGCCAACGGAG